AAAGAAUAAAGUAUAAAGAUUCAACACAAUGGCUAGAAAGAAGUCGGCCGCCAAGAAGGCAAGAGAGGAAGCUGCCAAACUUGCAGUUUCAUCAGAAACCAAAGUCGAAAAUGCAACUGAACCCACUCAGACAAUCGAUGAAUCAGACGAACACGAAGAAUCGGAAGAAGAAUCAGAAGAAAGUGAAGAUGAGUUCGGAGAUUUAUUGACUGAAGAUGUUGAAAAAGGGAUUAACGAAGUUUUAGAAAUUAUUAAGAAAGAUCCAAAGAAGUUGUUAGAUCCAAAUACCAAGUUUUUUGAAGAUCCUGAUAAAGUUGUAUAUGAUACUAAUAAUGAUAAUAAAGAAAAACCAAUGUAUUUGCAAGAAUUUCAAAGAAAGAAUUUAUUAGCUGGAAGUUAUAAAGAUGAAGACAAUGAAUAUGGAACUGUAGAUGGUGAAAAACCAUUUAUUGUUCAAGAAAGAGAAGAAAGAGAUCAAAUUCUUGAAGAUAUUAAGAAUGCAUUUGAUGAAGAUGUUGAUGAAGAAGAAGAUGAUGAAGAUGAUGGAUUCCUUAAGAAGAAAGAACCCAACACUCAAAGAAGGAUAGAAGUAGAUACAAACGUCUUACCAGAUCCAGAAAAGAAUGAAGAAGAGUUUUUGAAAGCGUUUUUAGAUAAUAAGGCAUGGAUUCCUAAAAAGGAAGAUAAAACUUUAAAUUUAGAUAAAAUUGAAAGAGAAGCCGAGGGAGAAUUUGAGGAGGCAGUUGAACAGUUUGAGCAUGUAUAUAAUUUCAGAUAUGAAGAUCCAACAGCUGCAGAAAUUGUCUCCUAUGCCCGUAAUCAAGCAACUCUAAGAAGAUCAGCUACCAAUGCUCGUCAAAGACAAAGAGAGAGAAAGAAAGAAGAGAAAUUGAAAGAACAAAAGGAAAAGGAAGAUCUUUUGAAGAAAAAGAAAACUUCUAAAGUUAAUAAAGUCAUGGAUAGAUUGGAAAAGAUCAAGCAAGCUGUAGGAGAAGAAGUUAGUGAUGAUGUCAUACAAAAGGUAUUUGGUAACUCCUUACUUCAAGAUGACUUUGAUGAUGCCGAUUGGGAUAAUAAGAUGGCGGAAAUAUUUAACCAGCAAUAUGGCGAUGAAGGUGAUGAUAGUUUAAAGAAACCAGAAUGGGAUGAAGAUGAUGAUAUAAUGGGUGACUUCUACGCUGAAAAGAAGAACGGAAAACAUGAGGAUGAAGAUGUCGAAGUGAACGAAGAUGAAGAUGAAGAUGAAGAUGAAGAAGACGAAGAAGAGGAGGAUGAUGAAGAGGAUAAAAAGGUCUCUAAGAAAGACAAACUCAAGAAAAAGAAGUCUGCUAAGAAAGAAAAGCAGUCAUUAAGAGAAAAGGCUCAACAGAUUGUUGACUCAAAGACAUAUCUUCUUCUUGACGAAAUUGACGAAGAGAGGGGCAACAAUAAUGAUAAAGAAGAUGUACAAUUCAAGUAUAGAGAAGUUUCACCUGAAAGUUUUGGUUUAACUACUCGUGACAUAUUAAUAGCCGACGACAAACAAUUGAAUACAUUCAUUGGAAUGAAGAAAUUGGCUCCAUAUAUACCCAAAGAAGAUGCCAUCAAAGAUAAAAGAAAGUAUGGUAAGAAAAAGAGAUUACAACAAUGGAGAAGAGAAGUGUUUAAUGACAAAAAUGGGCCAACAACUCCUCAAGAUGAUAGAUAUGAUAUUUGGAUACCAGCAGAGGAACCAAAACAUAAGAAGAGAAAAAUCAAAAGUUAAUCAUGUAUAAUGUGUAAAUUAGA